AUGACCAAAUCGGCUUCUUUUGACACUGCGCAGAAAUCGCCGCGAGUUACUUUUCAAGUUUCCAGCAGAAGCCGGUCACUGGAUGACUACAAGAUGAGAGCGACAAGCUUUGCUGAGGAGCAGUACAUUGAGGAAGAGAGCGACUUAAUUCCCGAGGGCAGUGCUUUUGAGGCUUGCAGCGAAAAGGGCUCAGAAAAGACUUCGGCAGCUGUAUCCGUCCCUGGAGGGAAAGAGCAGCAGAUUCUGCCACAGAAACCAUCAGCACCCAGCCAGGCGAAAUCGGCUGCAUUAAAGGGCAAAGGCACAGCUAGCUUAACUAUUUCUCAAGCGAAAGCUGCCCCAGUUUCAAACGCUGAGCCUAAGCAUUCAUACCAAACACCUCCCAUGCACAGUGAGAUGAAAGUUCCUGUUCGAGAAGGUGAUGUUUCUGCUGGCUUAGAGACUUUGCCUGCUUCUAUAUCAGUCUCUCAUGAAGAAAGCCAAAAGCCUCCUAAGUCCUUCAUUCACAGCAAAGCAGUGCCUGCUCCUGGUGAGAUGAGGGAGCCUUCUCAACAAGCAGAUACCGUCCAAGCAUUGAUCCAUGAGGGGGAACACCAUAAACAUCUACAGCAGAAACAUUUUGCCCCAGGAAAGAGAAAGCUUGAUGCCUUUCCUGGAGAGAGGCAAAUCUUAAUGGCUUCACAAGGCAAAGCUGUUCCAAUUUCUCUCUCUGAACCGGAAAAACGAGAACUCAUUUAUCGUACACAACUUGCUUCCAGUGAGGACGAGUCUGUUUUCCAGAAAGACCAAGGGCCAUCUGUUUCAGGUUUCUCCCAAGCAAGAGUUGUGCCAUUUUCAGCCUCUGGGGGAGAAAUCCUGGUUACUCAAAAGGAAACCCCAUAUUCCAUUGGACAAGAAAGAACCAGAGGACAUGUUCAUAAAAAACCUGCUAUUUAUAGUGACACAGAGGCUGAAGCCCUGGAGUACUUAGUUGAUGAGAUGGUUUGCCUGUCAAAAGAGAUGACUGCUUUAGCAGAGUCCGUUUCUGAUCCAGAGGGAUCCAGAAGACACAUUUCUCCAUCCAGGGAGGUGUUCUACCCAGGCUCACCUGAGCAAGCAGUAAGACCGGCCACCAGAUACCUUGUUCGGAGAGGAAAAAGAGAAGGGGGCAUUGGCUUAGCAGAUCCCUCAGAAGCAGAUAUUAUAUAUCCUGGAGAAGAAGAGUACUUCAGUGUGCUACCUUCCAUGGGCAAGAAAGCUAGGAUGUCUCCCCCUUUCGAAGGCAUGGGUUAUGUAGGCGCAGAAAUGCCCAUGGUAUCUGAUUUUGGUAGUUCUGGGUUUGGGGACAGAUUCUCCUAUUACUGUGACAGCCAAAGAAGUGACCAAAUGUGCGAAAUCCGCUUAGUACAGAUUCAGGACCUCUCAGAGGACAUGCCUCGUCCUGAUAGCAAGACAGCAAAAUUUGACAUCUCUGAAGUAGAACCUGCCUUUCUCAACCUGUACGAACUCUAUGACAUUGUGUACUUCCCAUUUGAGUUCCUUAGCUUCAGAAAAGCCCCAGAGAAUCUACCCAGCAAAAGACGUUUGCCUAUGGGCGAAAAAGCAAAGUUGCUGCCGGGAUUGAAAUCCCAUGCACAUCAGGAUAAAAAAAUAUGUGCCAGGGAUGAUAACUUGAAAGGUGAGGCUGUACAGGAAGCUCCCAGAGAUGAAGAGAAAACUCCACCUGAGUUGGACGUAGAGCCAAAAGAAGCCAAAGCACCCCGGCUAGGAAACAGGUCUGAUUCAGAAGGUAACAUACCAUCUGGGUCUCAACAAAUCUAUGGUCUCCUGGAAGACCCAGCCAAACAGCGGAGGAGCUCUUUACAAGACAAAGUGGGGCUCUUCAAGCCCUUUGUCAGAUCUCAGUCCGUGGAGUUGGUAGAGCAAAGUCUAAAGAAGAAGGUAAAAGCAUCAGUCACCCACCUCUCAAGAAUGUUGACGAGAAAGUCAUCUUCUGAUCAGGAAAGCAGGGAAGGCUCAGAGGAGCGGAAGGGUGAGCUGCAAGAAAGAGCAUCUUUGACAGAGGCUUCUGGAGGAUUGAAAAAGAAAACAGGGCUUCCCUUCAUUCACUCUUCCAAGCCUCAAAACAAAGGAGAAAGCACCUUCUUUUGCUGAAGAGCUCACUGACCAGACCAUUGCCUUGGGGCAGUCUCUGACGCUGUCCUGCCGGACAUCUGCCCAUUCAUCACCCAACAUCGAAUGGUUC